CGAGAUUCACCGGUCUUUUCUCCCUAGUUCUCUACGUGUUUACCGUUGCACGGGAGCUAAAUCUCCCCAUACCCGCCGUAGAAAACUUAUGCACCCACUUACUGGAUGUUUGAGCUGUUCCAGUACACGGCGUGACGGUUGUUCCCGUGAACCGGGCGCAAGUUCGUCCAGGCGAGCGCGAGGAGGUAGAGGGAAACCGCCGCGAGAGCCAUUAUAAUAUCCCUGCGUUCACGUGCACCUGCUGUGGUCUCUUCGCCUUCUUCGACUCUCAGUCCCCCAGUCCCACGCAAAACUAGAGGUUUUUACAACAUUCCUGCGACUCAGCAAGUGGACAGACAGUCGCAAAGCGUUUAUUUCGCGAAGCCGUGCCGCAGUACGGCUAGUUUGUUCAGUCACAGAGCUUCGCGCUUUCCCGAAUGCAACUCCAUGGCAGAGAGACGCUCAUCCAAGUCAUCCCGAGCAGUUUGUGCGGCGUACAUCGAAGCAGGUGAGUAAAUCACAGAGAUGCUGAGUGCGAGAUAACGAGGCGAUGGGGGAUUCUCACUGUUGCAGAUGCAUCGCCCAAGGCUGAAUGGAAGGGUGGAGCAAACCGGCACCAGCACAGAUGUUCACAUGAUGCACCAUGAUAGGGGUCAUGGAUACCAAUGAAGACCCUUGGAGUCUUGGACCUCUUUUAAAGAAAAUGAAACUCACUUUCAAAGGUUUAACAAUGUACUGUACACAACAACAAAGAUGUUUGCUCUGGAAGUAAGUUAACUUUUUUUUUUUUUUUUUUUGCUUCACCUCUGGGGGAAAAAAACAGAACUUUAGAUAGCUCACAGAAAAUGUAAACUUAUAUUUUCCCACAAACCCUGGAAAAAAGUUAACUUUGACCAUGUUUAUUGUAGGUUCAGGCUUAUGUUUAUUCACACUAUACCUAGAUGUUUAUUCUGGUAGAUAAUGUAUAUUUAAAAUACAUAUACACAGUAUACAGCUGCAGGGUAUUUUAUUUUAGCUAUUUUAUUCUAUAUAGAACUUUUCUAUUUCUGCCUUUCUUUUUCUUUGUUUGCUCAUUAAUAAACAUAAAUAAACUUUAAGGGAACCUUAAAGUAGUGUACUGAAGAUUUUGAAAUAUUAUGUACUAUAACUACAUCUGGUGUGCAGGGCAACUGAGUUCGCUUUGGAGCAUUUUGUCCACUCUCACUGAGUCAGCUUUUUACUGUACUCUAUUAAUAGGCACAAUGACCCCUCAAACAAAAGGGUCAGUUUGCAUUGGUGCCUCCAACAAGCCCAAGCCAGAACUGUGUACUCACUGAAGGAAGAAAAAAAAAGUACAAAAACAGCAGCAAACUUUUCGGCUAACCUGAUAGUGACUUGUUGGUUCUGUCAGACCUCUUCAGGUUCACCGGCAAACCCAAUUUACACGGCGGACAGAUAUUUUUGCUCCAACUGAAGCACAAAAUGUGCCGGAGAACAUGGUCAUCAGAUUUUGUUCAUGCAGUUUGAAGCAAAAGGGUGACAAACCAAAUACUGGAAAUUCUGGAAUUCAUAUAAAUGGUCAUCUUUUUUUAAAUUCAAUUAUAUAUUUCUGGAUAAUAUAAUUUGUAUUGAAGAAAAAUGAUUACAUUACAAAAGACUGCAAACGAAGCAGACUUUUGGACCCCAUAAAAUAAUUACCAAAUGUCUGGUUUUUAUGUAGGAUGAUGUCAUUCCACAAAAAAACAUAUCACGAGUGUCAGUGAAAUUCUAAUUGAAUUAUUCUAAAGAUUAUCUUUAUAGUAAAGGAUCAGAGGCCACUGAAAAGGCUCAUUAUGGAAGGCACCAGAGGACACAUUUUGCAGCUAAUGGUGAUGGGCGUUUUGCUGGGCGCAACUGUCCUGGGACACAGGGCCAUCCAGACCCCUGACUAUGAUGACACCUCCACGCCUGAGAUCCUGAACCCUUCCUGGAUGGCCAACAUCCCUGACAUCUACUCCAUAUCAGACGUGACAAUGCCCGGGACACACAACACCAUGGCCCUGUACGGCGGCACACUGGCCGAAUGCAAUUCCUGGUCCCUUGCCCUCCAGCUCCGUGCUGGAAUCCGCUUUCUGGAUAUCCGUGUUCGCCAUGCCAAAGGCAACCUGACCAUCCACCAUGGCAUCUCCUAUCAGUACGCUCACUUUGGGGAUGUGUUAAUGGACGUGGUUGCUUUCCUAAGGGAGUAUCCUUCGGAAACGGUGUUGAUGAGGCUGAAAGAGGAGUUGAGCGAGACGCGGGAUAUUUACAAUGCAGUGGUGCGCUAUAUUAAUGAGUAUGCACACUGGGACCUGCUGUGGCACAGUCGUGAGAUGCCCAGCAUGGGAGCGGCGCGAGGAAAGCUGAUAGUACUGCAAGACUUCACCGGCCCUGACCUGGGAAUACGCUACAACUCACUGGACAUAGCAGAUGACUGGAAGGUGUCCUCUCUGCAGCCGGAGGAAGUGGAGAAGAAAUGCAGAAGUGUCUCCACUCAUCUGGAGGCGGCUGCGGUUGGUAACAAAAACCGAAUGUUCCUCACCUACAGCAGCGGUGCCAGUAUCCUGGCACAUCCCAAUGCCCUGGCCCGGCUAAUAAACCCCCGCCUGCACGGAUAUCUGACAGGCUAUGUCGGUCAGAGGAAGCGGUUUGGUAUUGUAGCAAUGGACUUUCCUGGAGCCAAGUUAAUGCAAACAAUUAUAGGCUUCAAUUAUUGAGAGACAACGGCAGGACGUCAGGACCAAUACACCUGCAACUCACCAAAAUACUUCAUUAAUUGACACAAAUCCCAGGUAUAACUGUGACUCAAAUUACCCAUACCCUUGAGAUUUCCAUAUCUGUGACAGAAAAAGUUUGAGCUUGCUGGCAAAUUUUGCAGUAUCUGACAUAAUAAAGCACUUCGACAAAUUUCUGUCAUAACACCAUGUCAUGACAAAAUUUGAAAUAAAAUGCUCUCCUGUCACUUCAUAAGGACUUUAAUAAGAUAGUCUGCAUUUUCAUGGCACUCAAAAUAGAACGCUCCGUCCUCUUUUCUGUGUACAACACAAAGGAAAGGUGUUAACUGACAUCCUUCUCAGAACAGUCUACAGCAAGCUGAGUUCACACAAAGUACAACAAAAGUUGUUAUUCUGUAGUAUUACAUAAGCCUCAGAUGUCACAAAUGGAAAUUGUCUCAAUUAAAACUAUUUGUUUUAUUUUCUGUUCUAUUUCAAGAACAAGCUCAAGUUUAAUUCACGGUAAAUCUCUAUUAAAAUGUAUUAUUCACAAA